GUGGGGCUGGCUCUGAAGCCGGAUCCGGAUCCAGUGCAGUGUACCCGGGUGGGUGAGAAUCCGUCGAGCCUGGAGAGGAGCGCAGACUGCUGACCUCUACGGAUCUUACUGCAAAGAUGAAACCUGAUGAAACUCCUAUGUUUGACCCAAGUCUACUCAAAGAAGUGGACUGGAGUCAGAAUACAGCUACAUUUUCUCCAGCCAUUUCCCCAACACAUCCUGGAGAAGGUUUGGUUUUGAGGCCUCUUUGUACUGCUGAUUUGAACAGAGGUUUUUUUAAGGUACUAGGUCAGCUGACAGAGACUGGAGUUGUCAACCCAGAACAAUUUAUGAAAUCUUUUGAGCAUAUGAAGAAAUCUGGGGAUUACUAUGUUACAGUUGUGGAAGAUGUAACUUUAGGCCAGAUAGUUGCUACAGCAACUCUGAUAAUAGAACAUAAAUUCAUCCAUUCCUGUGCUAAGAGAGGACGAGUAGAAGAUGUUGUUGUUAGUGAUGAAUGCAGAGGAAAGCAGCUUGGCAAAUUGUUAUUAUCAACCCUUACUUUGCUAAGCAAGAAACUGAACUGUUAUAAGAUUACCCUGGAAUGUCUACCACAAAAUGUUGGUUUCUACAAAAAGUUUGGAUAUACAGUAUCCGAAGAAAACUACAUGUGCCGGAGGUUUCUAAAGUAAAAUCUUUUAAGAAAGACAUCUGUCAAAGGAGCUGAUGCAGCAAGGCUAUACGCUCUUCCUUGAGUUAAAAUAUUUUGUUGCUGCAACCAGGUGACCUCUAUAAAUACUGGAUUGUGAUACAAGUAUAAUGACACUUAGAAGAUUACUUUGGGCUGGUGGGACAUGCUGAGUUUAGAUUACAAAUAAAUUAUUAAGGGGAUGAUUUUUAACCAAAGGAGUAUAUUUUUAACUUGAAU